AUGACCACUCUGAAGCUCCAAUUAGGAGAAGAGAUAAGGCGUGUCGGCAAGCCACCUUCAAACAUAAAUGAAAUAAGACAAAAAGCCAAAGAGUUAUUUGGAAUCGAAGAGGCUUCUUUUAAAUAUAAAGACGAAGAUGGAGAUAUCUUAACUAUUCAAACACAAGAUGAAUACGAAGAUAUUUUGACGCAGCACGAAGGGCCGUUCAAGCUUGAAGUUAUCGACUACCAAGUGCUUCUGAUGAGAAGAACUACCUAUUUAUCAGGUGAAUCGCCUGAAUCUUUUGAGUUGGACAGCUUUCACGAUUUUUGUAAAUCGCAAACACCAGAAACAUUCUUCAAAGGAAAUAGCUUCAAAUUAUCACAGAAACUUGCAAGCUCUCCAAUAAGUGAGCGUAAAAAGGUCACUGAAAAUACUUCAGAAAUAAAUUCAGCUUCAAUACAAACUGAGGAAGUCCGAAAAAAUGAAAUUGGAGUUAAUUCAUUGUCUCAUUCUGACAACUGAAAUGAUGCUGUCAAAUUUAAUGAUUCAGCAUCGCAAUGCACUACUGAAAACAGCGAAUAUAAUGAAAUUAGAAUGCUUUUUAGGGAGCUAUUGAAUAAUUAUGCUGAUGAAUAUUUAGAUGAUAACAAGUUUAAUAACAUUAAAUGCUCAAAUUGUGGAAACAGCAUUGGCGAAAUUAUAUUCAGCUGUGGGGUAUGCCUGAGCUUUUUCCUUUGCAAGGAUUGUGAAAUUUCUUGUCAGCAUCCACAUAAUUUGCUCAAAUAUAGGCAAAAUUGCAUAAAACAGAAAAUGCAAGACAUUGAGCCUGAGUCGCCUUUCUUAGUCAAGAGAAAGCCAAAGGCACCAGAAGCUCCCCCAAGCAAGAAAAUACUUCAAAAUUCAGAAUCAGCAGCAUUACAAAUAAACUCCCCUAUUGUCAAAGGUCCCUUAAUAAAUGAUAAUAUGCGAAGACCCAAAGCUGAAGUGCCAAACUCAGAGAUCAAGGAGCUUUUCACAAAAUUAAUAAGCAUGGGUUUCACAAGCACCCAAGAAUUUUACCCAGCGUUAACUGAAAAUGGUUAUAAUUUGGAAAAAACCGUCGAAUUUCUUCUCGCGAAUCAAUAA